AUGUACGUCCUGGGUGUUUACGGCCUCCUCUUCGGCAUCAUGCUUCCCGCCAUCGUCGGAAACUGGUGGUACAAGUCGAUCCAGUACACUUCCGAAGCCGUUCUGAUCAAGACGACGAAGCUGUUCGAGUUCUACGUUUACAGGACGCCGCUGAUGAAUCGCCGUCGCGCGAUGAUGGUCUUUUCCGGCGCGUUUGAGUUCAAUCCCAAUCAUAAUAAAGACAUAAAGGAACGGCCGGAAGAUGCGGAACAACUUCCGGUUUUGAUGCGCGAAAUCGAGGAAUACGAGCGAAAUGUCUCCAAGCCACCAACUGACAAGCCUUUUGAUCAGGGCUAUUCUAUGAAGGUUCGCCUCCUCUACUUUGCGCACAUGUACGACAUCAAGCUGAGCCCCGAACUGCAGGAAGACCUCGACAUGAUCCUCAAAAAAGUGCCCGAUCUCCACGCCGAGUUGGUGUCCAAAGUAUUCUUCCUCACCCAAGCGAUGCUCCAGCAGGGGCAAAUGCCAAAAGUCCCCAAAGUCGAAACUCUGGAUAACAUCAUCCGAAACAUGCAGAAUCUCGUCCAAGGUCUUCCUUUGAAUCAAAGAUCCGUCGCUUUUAUGCAGCUGCCCCAUUUCAAAGAGGAUUUUAUCCGAUUCCUCAACGCGAAGAAGGCUCGAUCUCUCAAGCAGUUGGCCGCAAGACCAGUCGAAGAAAUCAGAGCCAUCUUCAAAUCUCUUCCAGAAAAGGAGUUCAACGAGCUGUACGAAGUCUUCCGCGACAUUCCAGCGCUGCAAGUGAAGGUCGACGUCAAAGUGGAGGACGACGAUGAUGACCACAAGAUCACUACUGGCUCGAUUGUCACUGUCAGCACUGAACUCACCCGCCACAAUAUGGAAGAUAUCUCCCAAGCCGCCACCAACGGAGAGGAAAUCGUCUACAAUGAUGGAGACAUGGGCGAGGUCAAAAUCGCCCCCACUGCGGAGGAAAAAGAAACUGCCAAUCAAGCGAAAAAGGUCAAAUCAAAGAAAGGUCCUCAAGCCGCCGCUGCUAAACGAGCUGCCAAAGCUGCUCGUGAAGCCGCUGAAAAAGGCGCUGGUGAUGCACCCGCUGUAGAAGAUGAACAGGAAGACGAGGAUGAAGAUGAAACACCCGAAAACGAUUCCGACAACGAAGAUGCCGAAGAAAAGAGCUGGAAAAAACUCCAAAAGAAAAACAAGCGGAAAAACGUACUAACUCAAGACAAUUCGCGAUUGACGCACACAGUCCAUGCGCCGCGCUUCCCGGUUGAGAAGCAAGAGUGGUGGUGGGUAUAUCUCUGCAUGACGAAUCCCAAGCGCGAGAAGCUUUCCGAGCGACUUCUCUGCGAACCCGUUCAAGUUCAAAACCUCGUCGACGUGAAAGAAGUAGACAUCCGCUUCCCCGCCCCUGGCCGCCCAGGAAUGUACAACUUCGUCGUCUACGUCCGCUCCGACAGCUACAUCGACAUCGACAUGAAGCACGAGUUCACCAUCACUGUCGAAGAGAGGGUUGAGGAAGAAAUCGUUCCGGAAAUGUGGGACUCAGAAGCUGAAUCUGACGUUGACGAUUGCCCCGUGCCAAGUACACUUGCUGGUCUGAUGAAAUCCGACUUUGGCAAUAUGUUCAAUCCUCUUUUACCUAAAGACUGUCUUUCGAAUAUGUUUGUCCAUUCAAAAGACAUCGUCAUUUCACUUUACGUCGUCCAGACUACCUCUAAAAACGCUCACCCUCCUAUCAAAAGACUCUUCUACCCAAAAGGCACUGUUUUCGACUUUAAUGGGCAUCGAUUAGAAGUCGUCCAAGUUAUUCACUCAAGAACGCCAAUACAGUGGCUUCAAGCUGCUCGCACAAGUAGCUUACAAGCUGCUGAGCUGCUUAAUACGGAAAAAACAGACGAGCUAAAAGAUCUGCGAAAAAGAAUCGAUGAUGUCUACCGCCAUCUCCAAAUGGAGGGUCUCACCGAACGCCUUAAAGUCGAGCGAUUCCAAUGUGAUCCCUCACUCAACGACAUUGCUUCGAAAGAAGUCGCGAUUUGCGUGAUCGGCCAAAGCUAUGAAGCGAAAAUUCGCGUCGUGAACGACAUCUUCGCGUUAAGAAACAAUAACGUACUCGAACCAACCCAAAAAGUUCGGACUCCCGAGGCUCGGAGAAAGCUCGGAUUCUUGCCGCGUCAAAAUUCACUUGAUGAAACUCGCAAUUUUCUCGCAACAGGGUCUUCAGGGAUCCCUCUAGCCCGAACGACAUCUCUACAAGAAUCAAAUGAACACGAUAACUUUGAUGAUGUCUACAAUCUAAAUGAUCUCUUCGCGGAAUCUGAUGCGGAUCGCAUCCGAUAUCGCCUUGGAUCAGAAGGUCGUAUGGUACAGCUUCGCUACUCAGAGCACAAUUCAUCUGAAAUCGAUACUUCCAAAACUGUUGGAUCGUUUCAAGUCGUCUCGCUUUUCAGUAGAAACCAAUUUGGAACUGGAAGAUCAUCUCUUGUUUCAAAGCAGAAGCUUGAACAAGCUGUAACGUCAAAAGACGAUUGUUGCCGAGUAAGUUUUUCCCAUCCUCUUCUUUCUGCCGCAACGGUGAUUGUUUCCCCAUCAAUCCCGCAUGUUUUCAAUUCUGACGACAUUAUCCACGCGCUCAAGAACGACUACAUCCCGUUCUUUCUCUAUGCCGUGGAAGAAAUUCCCCUUUCCGAUGAAGAUCUCAAUGAGCUGAAAGAAUGUCAAGCAAGACUUCCAGAAGCAGCGAUUAUGUUCGUCAAAGUUGAUACUGGUCGAAAAAAUGACUUUUCAACGCUUCACGGAGCCCAGCCAGUUCAUAAAUGUGAGCACAUGAAGGAAAUGUCAUCAGUAAGAAGCGAUGUUCGAAGUGACCCCGGUCGACGAUCGCCUCUUCAGCCGAGCAUUUGCUUCGUCUGCUCUUUUGAAAACUCAACUCUCCUCCAUCAAUUGAAAGAAAUAGGCUUUAUUGGAAACGGAGACUGGCAAGUUCGCGCGAAUCGCUGUAUGUUUGUUGAAAACGCUAAGAAAAUGCACGAGAAUAUCACUCAAUUCAUCCGACGCCAGGCUCGGGCGUACAUUCUCGCUGCUAUCACCGGAAUGCAAGCGUAUCUGAACAACUGUAUGAAACAGGUUGUUUCGCAUUGUUACGAGUUGACACAUGAAGCUGAUGUUUUGCCGAAAAAGAUGGACUACGUUGAGAACUCUUUAGAAUCAAUCAAAAACAAACGAAUCUCGAUUACGGUAGACCGGGUUCAGGGAACUCUGGAUUUGGUCGUUUCGAAGCUGAAGCUGGAUUUGAUGGAUCCGACUUCUGAUCUUCAUCAGUCCCUAGCGUCCAUUGAGCAAAAGAAGACUUUCCACGGCGCGCUGAUGCAGUACGAGACUUUCAUGAUCGUAAAAGUGCGUGACAGCGUUCUCGAGGAGCUCAGACCCUAUGCGAAUCCAAACGAUGCGGAUCCACUGUUACGGCUGCUCGACAAGUUGCAGACAAUGGUUCGCAUAUCUCGUAAAUAUGAACGCGUGUUGACGUCAAAAGAUCAACCCAGUUAUUUGAUGAAAAAUAUUCUCGCUUUUCCUUUUUCGCCGAAACGUUUUACCUUGGAUAGAGCGCUCAGUCUUCGUGGGAAAAUUCUUCGAAGAUUGCUUUAUUUCCGUCCUAGCCAAAAUUCACUUUUUACCGAGAACGAUCCUUUCUUCCGAAUAAAAUCCUGCGCCGAUAUUCUCUCUCAAAUCGCCACCCCAUCCUUCUCCAAAUGCUUACACAGCGAUCUCUUAGAAAAAAUUGCCUAUGAUUUUGAAAACUUCCGCACCUCUUUUAUUAUCCUCGAACAGCGACUUAUGAGAUUAGUUGAUGAAAAUUUGAACAAGAAAAUUGAUCUCCAGCGAAAACUUGGCCCGAAGAUUUCCAGAUUGCUGCUUGAAGUGACUGCAUUCAGGGAUAAUAUCAUAAAUGGGAUGCCUAAAUUAGAGAAAGAAAUUGGCAGAGGUCAGUAUGGUGUUGUCUACUCAACGAAGAAUCACUGGGCUGGCACCAGGGAGGAUAUGAAAAUCGCCAUAAAAACGAUGAUCCCUGAUAAUGACUCUCAGUGGGGCGAUUUAUCGCAGGAAUACUUUUACAUGCACUACUGGGUCGACAGACACCCAAACAUUGUCCAAGUUCUCGGUGUUCUUAUCGACAAAAACUACGGACCUGGAAACGGGUUGUGUCCAAGCGUCCAGCUAAUUUUGGAACGGUGCGAAUCAGAUCUCCAUACUGCCUUGAAAUUACGGAGGAUAAACGAACUAAAGAAGAGAUUACGUAUUGCCUCAGAUGUAGCUUCUGGCCUGAGAUUUCUCCAUGCACAUGGCCUCAUCCACAGAGAUAUAAAACUGAAGAAUAUUCUCCUCGAUUCUAACCAAAACGCAAAAAUCUCGGACAUGGGUUUUUGCCGACCAACGUCUGUCAUAGAAGGCUCCAUCGUUGGAACUCCCGUUCACAUGCCUCCAGAGAUCUUUACACGAAAUUACAAUCAAUCAGUUGAUAUCUACGCCUUUGGGAUUCUACUCUGGUACCUGCUUCGGAACACCUGCAAGCUGCCUAACAAUUUCGAGAUGUGUUCAGAUAAAGAACAGCUCUGGAGAAAAGUUAUGCGCGGUCAGCGACCAGAGAAAAUACGUGGAGUCGACCCCCAAAUAGCCUCCAAGCACAAGUCUAUUCAUGCAGGAAUUUCGAAAUUGGGGAAGCAAAUCGAGAAGAACUUUACUUCCUCGUACUCAAAUCUUCUUGGCACAUCGUCAAUGAGUGACGAAGCAUCCAGAACUAAUCUAACGAAAAGCAUCAUCGAGCACCUUUACUGCUCUGGAUACAGUGAAAUCGCAGAGUGCCUCGAAAAGGAGUCCAAAAUCGACUUGUACAGUAAUGAUAGUAAGAAAAAAGAGCUCUUCGUUGAUUUGGCCACGAUGAUAACAGCCAUUCGAAAUGGGGAAUUCGAAACUUCUCUGAAAUGGAUAGAAGAAAAUCGGGCAAAAAUAAAUCCAGCGAGUCUUUUUGAGUGGAAAAUUAGACGAUGCCAGUAUUGUCGGAUGCUUCUCGAUGGCGAAUCCUCACUCGAAGAGCUCAUCGCCAUGAGCAGACUGAUGACUUCCUGUAAAAAAGAGCAGUACUUGGAAUCGAAGGAUUCUGAUGCCGAAGAGGUGGGGAAAUUGAUGACUGCGCUGCUUUUUCGAAAGAAUCUUGAAGCUAAUGAAAGCAUUUUUCAAUUAGUAAACUGCUUUUCCAACUCUUUAGCUGAAAUUUGUGAUGAACUCAUCAGUGACUUUUCUUCUGUGAAUUCGAUCAACCAGCUUCGCUAUGAACAUUUGAUGUCCGCUCACGCUGCCGGCUGCCACGCUCUUCCCGCCCUGGUCGGCAUUAAAUCCGUCUUCGAGCAGCGGAACAUGAGCCUAUCUAAAGUUUUUGGCAACGACAAUUACUUGUCCGACGACAGACCUGAAGUUCUACCCAUUGAAAUAAAGUUGCCCAAACGUCUUCGGUACCAUUCGGUCUUUUCGUGUCCCAUUCUACGAGAGCAAACAACACUUGAAAAUCCUCCGAUGAGACUCAUCUGCGGGCAUGUUAUUAGCAAAGAUGCUCUUGACAAACUGGCUUCAAAUUCUCAUACGCACGGAAAAAUCAUCAAAUGCCCCUACUGGAUGGGAUUGUACGACGAUAAUGACUCGGCUGUCACUCGCCCUGUUGGAGGGUGGGCUGCAGCAUCCCAGCAAGCAAGAAACCUGCAGAUGCAUCAGCAGAAAAUGGCAGAGCAGCGGAAGCAGCAGACAACGAUUCAACAACCCCCUCCAAUGAAGCAACAGAUUCCGACGCCUCCGAAGCCAAAAGGAUUCACUCCUUCGAAGUUCAUGCCCAUGUCGAUGUCUCGUGGAUCGAACCUCAAAAAAGUCCCUCGACCAGGGUACAAGCCAGUCCAUAUGAAAUCUCAACAAAAGCCACAAGCAAGCGAAACAGAAUACAUCAGUAGAUACCAAGACGAGUACGAUCCGGUGAAGCCAAAUGAAUUUUCGCGCUACCUACGCCGCCGCAGAGAGGGCAAGCAUAAAGUUACGAGAUACGCGGAGCAGAAAAAGUCGCAAGAGCGAGAUUUUAAGAGACAGAAUCCUCGUGACGAUUCUGAUUCGUCCGACGAUGAAGCAGAGAAGAGUAAACGACAGAAGGCUAUGGGAAUGGGAAAGGCUAUGAUUGCUCCUCCAUCUGCUCUUUAUACUGGGCAAAGCUCCAUGCCCAACCUGCCAGCGGCGAAGAAUCCCGACUUGAACGCACUUGGUAGCAAAACUGCCAGUCGAACAAAAACACUCGGCUCGAAGUUGGGCUUUGGACAGCCGAAGCCAUCUCUCUUUGGAAAAUCCGUACCAUCACCAGCUUCAACGCCCUCUUGGACCCCUCAACAGAUGAAGUCUCCCGAAGAAGGGGCUGUGAAAGCGAAAUCUAUUGCAGAAAGUAUCAUGGAAAAAUAUGGUCACAAAGAAGGCGCUGGCCUUGGAAAAUCAGGACAGGGUAUUUCUGCACCACUAGAAGUUGAAAAGACAAGUCGAAGAGGUGGAAAAAUUAUCGGCGGACAAACAGCGAGCUACGGAAAUUUCACUUCCGGCGGAGUUCAAAACCAAGCUACGCCGCCCGCACAGCAAAAUGUCGGAGUCGCUCCUCCACGCCCUUUGCCUAAUCUUGCAAAGCCGACGAAAGUUAUUUGUCUUCAAAAUAUGGUCGAUCCAGAAGAAAUUGACAGCGAGCUAUCUAAUGAAGUGUCGAGCGAAUGCAUCAAAUAUGGGGCCGUCGCUAAUGUUAAAAUAGUGGAGGUGCCAAAUGUGCCGAAAGAAUCGUCAGUGAGAAUAUUCAUCGAAUUUUCAAGAAUGGAAGAAGCAAUGAAAGCUGUUAUCGGGCUACACAACCGAAUAUUCGGCGGGCGUCGGCUCAUCGGCGGAUUCUACGACUUCGACCAAUAUUCAUCUGGCAAUGUCACAGAAAACAUAAUGAGAUUCACGCAGGCAGCGAGUCAAGUUCAAAAACAGAUUUUCAAUCGGUCAAAAAAGCGAAUGCAGAAGUCAUGGGCAGCAAAGCGGGAAGAUAGAGAAGACUUUAAUUAUGCUCGAACGAUGCUCGCCGAGGAGACAGCGGAUCGAGUGUUGAAUAUCAAGAGAUCUUUCACAUCGGCACUUGAGCUCGGGGCAAAUCAAGGCGAAUGCUCCAGGAGUCUCAGUUCAAAUGUGAUGUCCUUUCUGAUUCAAACAGACUCCUGCCCUUACGUCACCUACAAAGCUGACACUCCAAAAUUUCAAAUCGACAAAAACGCUGUUGACGAGGCUAAUGCCCUUCCUUACAAAGACAACACAUUUGACCUGGUUAUUUCAAAUUUAAACCUGCACUGGGUUAAUGACCUGGACAAGUCCUGCCGUGAAAUCCUGCGCGUUCUGAAGCCCGACGGGGCUUUUGUCGGCGCAAUUUGGGGCAAUGACUCGCUCUUCGAACUUCGUCAGUCUAUUCAACUCGCUGAAAUGGAGAGGAGGGGUGGUGUUGUUCCACGCGUCGGGCCAUUGACGAGAGGAGACUCUUUUUCGUCCGUUUUACAUGGAGCGGGAUUCAAAUUGAUCACUUGCGAUUAUUGGGAAGAACAGUUCGGGUAUCCAACAGUUUUCGAGCUGAUUGAAGAUUUACAAAACUCUGGAGAAUCUCAAUGCGCUUUUAAUUUCCGACCCCUUCAUCCGGAUAUUCUUAUGUCGGCUGCUGCCAUUUAUCAGUGCACGCUUCAAUUCGACGAUGCCCCAGAUCCGGAUGUUCCGAUUCCAUAUCACAAUGCCUACACGCUUCUCAAUAUCAUUUUUUAUGUUUUAACUCCUAUCCCGCUCCUGGUCGCUUCAAAAGUUUCUGACGAGGGAGGUCUUCCUGUAGAUUUAGCAGCGUUUUUGACUACCGGCCUUGUUGUUUCCAGCUUUGCUUUACCUAUCGUACUGGCCAAUAGAGAUGUCAUUCAGUGGGGUGCAACUUGGCUAACCCUCGGUAGCAACGUCGUUAUGUUCGCUACGAUCGUCGGGGCCUUCCGUUUCCUUGAUGCGGAUUCCGAAUUUGGCUACUCGUCCUUUUCACUUUAA